GUAGUUUGACAUUUAAAUGGGUUGAUUGAUACGUCCUGUCGUUCGAUUAUCGAAUGAUGUGAGAAACUGUGUUAUUUAAUUUAAAAUAACUAUCGAAAUUGUAAAUAUAUAUGCAAAACCAUGUCUGAUAUUAAUAUGGAGAAGUUUGCGGUACCAGAAUUCGUACCCGAACGGUACGUUAAAGAGCUAGCGAAGUCUUGUGUCGGAGGGGAGGAGUUAGCCCAGCAGAAGGAGAAAAUCCAAAGUUUAGCCGAAGAAACCGCCAGUGCCCUCAAGAAAAAUGUGUAUGAGAACUACAUGCAGUUCAUCGAGACCGCCACCGAAAUAUCCCACUUAGAAACAGAAAUGUACAAGCUGUCUCAUCUGCUAAGUGAUCAACGAAUGGUCCUUACGACUUUGUCUCAGGCUUCAGUUUUAGGCAACGAAAACACUUUGUCACGCGAGUCACUCGAUAAUCAUGACUUAGAGGCCGAAAGACUCGAGGAGGAGCGCAAGAACAAACUCAAUUCAAUUUCAGAAAAAGUUGAGAGCUGCAUGAAUUUGCUGGACGUUCCUGAUAGACAUCUUUUACACGAAGGUGACUUAUUAGAGAUCGACGCUGAAGAAAACACAGCCUUACAAAGAAUGCAUGUAUAUUUGUUCAAUGACUGCCUUAUGCUGACAUCGUGGAUAUCGAAUAGACGCGGGCCAAUGAGAUACAAAUUUCAAACUAGUUACCCCAUAAGUACUUUAGCAGUAGUGAAUGUGCGUGACCUAGGUACUGUGAAGCAGGCGUUUAAAGUGCUAGCUUUUCCAGACACUAGGGUGUUUCAGUGUAAUAGUUUAACUAUAAAAAAAGACUGGCUCGAUAAGUUUGAUGUAGCAAAAAAUAUGCACAUUGAGAAGGAAAAUUUAAAACAAAAGAAGAAGGAUUCCCAGGAUAAAAUAAAACAUGAAUCAUUGGAGUCUCCUAGUCUAUCUGUUGAGGAGUUACUGUCUCCGCAAAUUGCACCACUGCCCGAUUGGCUGGCUGACGUCACUGAGGAAUUAGAUGUCUUUAUAGUAGAGAGGCAUUUUCAAAAGACUUAUGAUUUAAUGAUAAAGGCACAGAGGACAUUAAGUACAGAAGAGUUUGUAACCCACCCACAGAGGACUGAGAUAUUAAAGAAGAUUGAACAAAAGCAAAAAGUUUUAACUGAGAUAUUACUCAAGGAACUCGACGUCACUCACAAUUGGAGUCCUAGAGGAGGGUUGAGGUCGUCACGUCACCCAGUACUCAUUCUCAAUAAAUUCAAUAUGACUAGUCAGGCCUGUGAACUGUUUCUUGACAUCUGCAACCACACAGUGAAGGCACAUGUCAAAGCAGUGCAGCUGGAGGGUUCUAUCUAUAGUUACGUAAAGCAAGUCGGGGAAGUUUUCUUCUGCUCUCUGAGUGAUGCCUUAACAGAGUUCAUUUCAUUAUUUCCUAACAAUAAGUUAAGCGCCUUCGUAGUGUGGGCUAGUAUGCAACUUAGAAUACUGAUGAGUCAAAUUAUAAAGCAAGUAUUUACACCGCAGUGUGCAUUAGAUUCCAUAUUAGAGUGUGUUCAGAGUUUAAGAGAGCAAUGUACGCUUUUCUGUGAGUUCGGGUUAGAUUUAAGGUUUCAAAUGAACAGCUGUUUGAGAUCGCCAAUUAUUAAAGCUUUAAGAGAGUACAAGGAGAAGAUUGUAGAUUCCAUGAAAACUAAAGUCUCAGAAGACAAAUGGACUCCCGUCAAUAUGCAUACUAAAGCAGGAGUUAAUAAAUUCUUAUCACAAAUGGAAAAUUUGGGCCUUAUCUUAGUUAGGUAUGUAAUAAAUGAAACGUGGGUGGAUUUAUCUAGCAGCACUAUAUGGUUUGCACAGUCUGUGAUAACUGUGCAGAAUGUUGGCCUAGAAAUUGUUACUAAGGACAUGAUGGACGUAGUAGAUGAAUGUAUAUGUGCUAUAUUCAGUUCCCGUCUUAAAUUCUCAACGGGUAAUGAUACUACGUAUGCACAUAAAAAUUUCAAAUUCAUAUUGGAAACUGUGAUGACUCACAUGAUAAAGAAAUAUAAAGACAAAGUCGGCUAUGACAAUGUGAAACUAUUAGAUUUAGCUGUGGAAUAUGGUGUCCAUAUUGCACCACCAAAGAAGUCAAACAUCACAUACACAAGUAAUGAGUAUUUAUGAGAGUAGUCAAGACAUACACAACUAAUGUUGGUGAACGAAAAGAUUAUUUUUAUUACGCUGAAGCUUUAAUAAUGUAAUAUAUAGACAUUAAGCGUGCAAGAUUUUUGUAAGUUUAUUUAAAACUGAUCAAAUUAAAAUUUAUAUUAUAUGCAAGUUAAAUAAUAAUAUUAAAUUUUAAUAAACCAAGACUAAUGGUU